AUGGAAAGCCGUCCCGUGGAAACAUAUCAGGUACAUGAAUACCUCAGAAGUAAAUUGUGCUCCUUAUAUGAAAAUGACUGCAUUUUUGACAAGUUUGAGUGCUGCUGGAAUGGACCUGACAAUGUUGUCAUGACUGGGUCCUACAACAACUUUUUCCGAAUGUUUGACCGCAGUACCAAGCGUGACAUUACUCUGGAAGCCUCACGGGAGAACAGCAAGCCACGCAUGGUGCUGAAGCCACGCAAAGUGUGUGCGAGCGGCAAGCGAAAGAAAGAUGAGAUUACGGUAGACAGUCUGGACUUCAACAAGAAGAUCCUGCACACGGCCUGGCAUCCUAAAGAGAACAUCAUUGCUGUGGCCACCACCAAUAACCUGUAUAUAUUCCAGGACCGAGUGAAUUAG